AUGGCACCCCCAAAGACAGGAAAGAAGGCGGCUACGCAGAAAAAGGAGAAGCUCUUCCAUCCCCAGUCCCGGAAGGCGGAGCAGUUAAUCCGAGUGCAGCACCGCAAAACGAAGCUCGCAGACCAGGCCAAGGCCAGGUUGGACAAACAAAAGAUCCAAGCGGAUAUAUUCUCGUUCUUCUACCACGCCUUGCCUGCGGAAGGUGUCUUGUCGUUGGAGAGUUUGCACACAAUUGUCCGGGACGUCUGGAUUAAGCGAUUUGAUGAAGACCUGGAGGAGGAGAGGAAGUCUCGCCGGAAGGGUCGACCAAAGAGCACCCGCGAGCAGAAGCUGGAGGAACUCCAGUCGCAGGAGGCCGAGCUCUAUCGCACAGGAAUGGAGGUUCUUGACCUCACUGAUCCCUGA